UCGUAUUAAAAUCCGGGACAAAACCAAAACCUCCGCAGAACAAUUUUCCGCCUCUUCUAGAGACGCCCACACGAGAUCGAUGAACAACCAAAGCUUCAACGAAAAUUUGAAUUGAAUUCCCAAGACCAAUCCCCUCUCUGAGCACCAAAACCCGCAAAAAAAUGGCUACACCAUUUUUAGCUGGGCUUGCAGUUGCUGCUGCUGCUCUAGCUGGUAGAAGAGGAAUUCAGGCUUGGCAAGCAUUCAAGGCACAGCCUCCAAAACCUAAAUUACGAAAGUUCUAUGAUGGUGGUUUCCAGCCUACUAUGACAAGAAGGGAAGCAGCUCUUAUUCUUGGUGUUAGGGAGAGUGCUACUGCAGACAAAGUCAAGGAAGCACAUAGGAAAGUAAUGGUAGCUAACCAUCCAGAUGCAGGUGGUAGCCAUUACCUUGCUUCCAAAAUUAAUGAAGCUAAAGAUUUGAUGCUUGGAAAGACAAAGAGCAGCGGAUCUGCAUUCUGAUAUGUGUGAAUGUGCCUGAUUUGGCACUGCCUCUCGGUUCUGUCUUCGUUUGAAUCAUCUAGCAAGCUCAAAGGCUUGCUUGUAGUUGGGCUGUGCUUCCUUGUCUCCAUGCCAAGAAGCUGAAGUUCCAUUCUAAUUUUAUUUGCUUCUUACAGAUUUUUGAAUAAUGGCACCUUCAUAUCUAUAAAGCCAAGUUAAAAGCUAGAAACAGGUAGAAGGUCAUUUCUCAAGCACCAUUAUUGUUUGAGAUAUGUAUGGAGUUCUCCUGGAUUUUUGGUUAUUCAUUAAUUUUCAGGGGAAGAAGAAGUGCAAUGAACACGAAGUUGCGCUACAUAGAGCAUAAUUUUUGUAUCAGUGCAAAAUAUUUCUCUGCAAA